AACAGCACAGGAUGACGCCUGAGGCCCCCAGGUGCCGCCUGCGCAAUCCAGUCUACUCCACACCGGUCGCGCGGCGCUUGAACUGGAAGUACGAUAGCGGAUAAGGCCUCUUUGCUUCAGUGUCGUACCGCAGUGUGGGCGAUACGUCUCUUGUUCCCUUCCAGCUCUUGCCGGUCUACGCGCCCAAAUCCUUCUUCUAGUUUGUUUGGCGUAUGCUUUCUAUUCGGUGCAAGUCUCAUCGCGAGACGCUCUCAGCCAGUAUCAGUUCUCGCAUUCGUGCCUUUCCUCCCGAAACAAGCAACACCUGCCGCGAACGAGCUUCAACCUCGACCACGUCCCAGUUCGACUCGCCUCCGCUCCCCUCGUCCCGCCGACGCAGACAGCCAUCCCGACCAUCGUCAUGAAGUCGGCAAAGCCGCAGGCUUCAGAAGCCUCGUCGAAUCGACGGUCGCAACCCACUCGACAAGCCCGCACGAACCCAGCACGAACCGCCAAUGUUGCCCGCUCGACGGCUGGUAGGGACGAGUCGCUGGGCGAACAGCCUAUCGACAUAUUCCCCGCCAUCACAUACUUUGCCGAUACCAUGACGGCGCUCCCAAAGGAGCUUGUGAGACACUUCGCUUUGCUCAGAGAAGUCGAUGCGAAGAUCUCUGGACCUGAAGAGCAGCUCUUUGGCCUUGUCGGGGACGCGCUCGCCAACACGGCCGCGGAAGACCGCCUCAAAGACGAUCAAAGAGUCUUACACCUGCCAUUGACGGCUCCAACGAGCUUUCAUAAGCAGCCGAGUAACGGCAGGCUCCUCGCUGGGGCUCUGCAGUCAGGAUCGUCAACAAUGGCUGGCGACCCACCGACGCAAGAGGACUUGAUUCUCCGUCGCCGCCACCUGUUUGGCCAGAUAUCAUACAAAAUUCAAGAGAUGCUUGUCUCACUGGAGGAGAAGAAUCAUGUCAUCAACACUGCGAAUGAGGCUUUACAAAGACAGCUAGCGCGUGUUGACGACGUGUGGCCCUAUCUCGAGAACGAGUUCAGCGAUGAGGCCAAAUGGGGAAGUACAACGCAUUGGGCUUACCCAGAGAAUCGCAAUGGCCGAACAGCGCAUCCAGAGCGCACCCGAAGGGAUGGUGCCGCGGCGAUUUCGGCUGCUGCCCAGGUCAUUGCGGAGGAGGCGGCCGCCAGAAGCGAUGCUAGGAAGCAAGCUCUACAAGCGAAGAAAACCCUCAAGGCGCAACAGCAACAACAAGAGUCUGACUUUGACGAAAUUGAAGGCCGACACCAAAAAGGCGAGAACAAGAAGAGUGCGGCCAGCAAGGUGCGCAAGACGGCCGACUCGAACAACGUUGGGUUGGGAAUCUCCGGUGUCACGAAUGGGAAUGCGCCGCCAAAGAAGCGCAAAGCAGAAAACACAGCGAACAGCCUAUCCCAGAGCAAUGGAACGCCGAACUCUUCAUCUGGACCGGCAGCCCCCAAGGGCAAAGUCGCUGCUGCUGCCGCUGAUGCGACCGGUCCGCAGCCCAAGAAGAGAAAAGCCCUCCCGUCUGCGAGUGGUCAAGCAAAGAAGAAUGGAAUGUCGCCCUCCGUCGCCUCCUCCCCCGUCCUUGGUUCCCUCCCGGAACCCAGGGGCUUGAACCGCGCGUCCCCCGCGCCCAACACGAACCCUCGACCAUCUACUUCCCGUGCACGUGGAAACUCGAUAGCAUCCCUUGCCGACGUGGCUAAGAACCGCCCGGCGUCUGUCGCGUCUGUACGGGCGAACGGCAACGGCCAAAGCAAUAUCGAGGCCGGCCAGACUACAUCAGUUGCUCGUGCCCCGAGCGUACCACGGUCGGUCAAAGAGUCAAGCGUGCCGUCGAGUAAAGAGCAGAAGAAGGAGCCAGAACGACCCGAGACCGAGAUACCGACAGCUCCUCAACCCCCUCCCGAGAGAAGGGAAACCAAAGCUGCUGCGGCGCACGAACGCCGCAAAAGUGAGUCGGUACCGCCAGUACAGACACCAGCGACGGUCACGACCAAGAGUGGACGUGCUAGCAAACCGUCGACACCAGCCUUGCCGACUUUCCAGGAAGCCGCGCAGUCGCGGUCGAGGUCUUCGAGGACAGCUGACAAUGGCGGAGCGAAGAAGAGCCACAAGAAGGGGGCAGCAUCAACUACGCAGGCACUCGCCCCACCGCCAGUCGAGGAGGGUUUGUCCAGUGGCGAAGGUGACAUUGAGGAUGAACCGCUGUACUGCUAUUGCAACGGUAUCAGCUACGGCGAAAUGGUCGGCUGCGACUCGGAUGACUGCGAGCGCGAGUGGUUCCAUUUGAGCUGCGUGGGACUGAAGGUUGCACCAGCUGGCCAAUGGUACUGUGCCGAUUGCAAAGAACGCUUAGGCCUCGGCGGGAAGAAAGUAGGCAGUCGAUGAUGCUGCGAGGGACCGAACGACAUUACUGUGCGUGUACUCUCCAUAUGAAGGGGGGCAUGGUGGUAACAGGAGCGAUUGGCAUAAUGGUACCUUAUGUUUCUUUAUAGGCGUUUCCACGCCACAAGGGCCCAAGAAGCCUCGAGCGGGCGGCGUUGUGUGAAUUGGGGUCAUGGGAAUGGCAGGCCGCAAGCCAAGGGGCAGUUGUGUGCAUUGAAAGAGCAUAUAGGCGGUCUCGGGAUUGGUCUUUCAACAUCGGGUAUAUUACUACAAAUAUUACUUUUGCGUGUCACUUGAAUGGUUUGCUACAAGUGUUACAGCUGGCGCUCUCGAGGCU